AGAGAGAGCGAGAGAAAGAAAGAAGGAUGGUAACAAACUUGCUGGAGUCAUUUUUUUCUCUCCUCAUGGGUGAAGAUACCACACAGUUCCAGCUUCAUCUAAGUAUUCAGAGCAGGGUGCAAUGGGAACAGGAACAGUAGAAUUCUGGACAUUGUGGAGGAGGUUUUCUCUUCUUCCCUCCCUCCACUGAGACUGGAGUUUAGGGAGACGACAUGCUGGCAUAAUCCCCCAGGAUCUUUCCAGCGAGGCAGGCCAGGGGUCAGCUGAGGUUGGCAAAUGGAAGCAGGGUGUCUCCGGCCCCUCCUGGUCGUCAUAUUGGGAGUGAGAUUAUUUGCAGUAGCUGCAGCCGGAGAUGAAGACCACUCUGAGCACACCCACCAGGUCAGCACGUCUCAGUGUGGUGAGUACAGUAACCAGGUGUUGGAGGAUGGUAUGUGCAGGCUGGUUGCCACACUGCCACAGCUGGAUGACCAGAGGUGCCCAGACAUGUUCCGCUGCACUGAUGAAGUGUCUUACUGGCUGCAUGAGAACGAGGAGCGCAAGCAGCAGAUCCUUGCAUUGCGAGAAACCGUGUCUGAGCUGCAGGAGGAGCUUCGCAACCAUCGGCAUCGAGUCAAAGUCCUUGAGUUACAGAGUGAAGAGAAAUCACACCUGAACUCAUCUCUGGAGCAGCGCUUCCACGAACUGGAGGAGCACUAUGCAGAGGCCACCACUCUGCUCCACAUCCAGGGCUCACUAGUCUAUGACCUACAAGCUCAGAUCCAGAACCUCUCAAUGCUGGUGGAGAAGGUCCGCCGCAACCCUGGCUGCAUGAUCAACAUCGUUCGCACCAGUCCCCUUUUGAGCGCACAGGAGUCCCUGCAUCCAGAGGUGCAGCAUGUCCGAAACUGCCCCAUUGACUGUGCUUCUAUCUACUAUAACGGUGUGCGGCGUUCUGGCAUUUUCACUGUGGUGCCAUCGUUAGGGGCCAUGCCUGUGGAGGUCUACUGCGACAUGGAGACUGACGGUGGUGGCUGGACCGUGAUUCAGCGUCGGCAGGACGGCUCAGUGAACUUUGACCGCAGCUGGAAAGAAUACAAGGAUGGUUUUGGAGACCUGCACACUGAGUACUGGCUGGGAAACGAGCACAUUCAUGAUCUCUCCAGCCAGGGGGACUAUGUUCUACGCAUAGACCUGGAGGACUGGAGCGGCAAACACAAAUACGCUCACUAUCACAGCUUCAGUGUUGAGGACGAGGCGACUCAGUACAGGCUUCAUGUCACUGGCUUCAGUGGAACAGUGGAGGACUCUUUCAGCUGGUACCACGACAAGCAGAGCUUCAGCACCCCAGACACCGGCAACAUCUGUGCUGAAAUCUCUCAUGCUGGCUGGUGGUACAACCAGUGCUUCUAUGCCAACUUAAAUGGCAUUUACCACAAGGGUGGUCGAUACUCUCCAAAGGGGAAAAAUGUUCUAGGGCCCAAUGGGAUUGUGUGGUUCACCUGGAAGGAUUCAGACUAUUACUCUUUGCGCAAAGUGAGCAUGAUGAUCCGACCACGAACAUUCCGGCCACACCUGUCUCCCUGAGCGACUGGUUAUUGGACAGCCAAUCGAAAGUCUCAGAACCAUGGGGGGGAGCUGAUGACUAGAGGAACAUAGAAGAACUGAAAGAGGAUAUUACUCUCCGCUAUGUGGACAUAUUUGGGGAGGGGUUCCUGUGGUACAGUGACUGUAUGAUUACAUUCAACAUGGAUUAGGUUGAAAAGAGACCAGGAAAUUAGCCGACUAGUAAAACGUUGCCAUCCAGUAAGCCAUACUUGUAUCAAGUUUCAUGCCUAUAUUUUUCAAUAGUUUUCAAACUUUUUUUUGGUAAAGGUUAUUUGUAAAUGUAUUUUACAGAUAGUAAUAUGUGUGUUUGUUCCUUAGCUAAAACAAAGAGCUAAUGACUACUACAUCAAACACAUGUAGCAUAACAUUUUCUUCUGAUGGUUUCAGCAUAUUUGCCUAUAAAAACAACACACUGUUUCAUUCCCCCCUCAUUCACAUUCUCCUCAAAGCUCACACAGCUGCCUGGGAGAACCGAGGGGACUGCUGUGCUCCCAAACACAGACUUUACAUGCCAAAUAAAAACCAGAAACAAAUAAUCCCAAAAGGAUAGAGUACAAAUCAGAGUUUAUUAAAUCAUAUCUGAAUUA